GACGUAAAUAAAUAUAAACAAAAACUUGAAAAAAAUAAGCCAGCAACUACAAGCACACACUCCGAUUAUGGAAGGCUCCAAAAGUGCAUUGGAGACAGCAUCGCCAACGGAUUACGAUGGUCUUGGCGGUUUUGGUGGUGCAAGUGCUGGUGCUGGUGGUGCUAGUAUUGGUGGUGCUAGCAUUAGUGGUGCUGGUAGCGGUUCCGAGAAUCUGGCACCCAUUACACAGAAACGUGCUAAGCCCUAUCUUAAGAAAUUCGUACAACCCGAUUCAGACGAGGAAUUCGUUGGUGAUCCCCGUAAUCUAUAUAAUGUCCAUGAAUCAUGGCGCACUCUACUAUCGAUGUCCACGUGUCAAAAGGUCAUGGUGACGGAAGCUGCACAAAAGGCACUUAAAAUUGAGGUGGGCGUAAAUGUUACACAAGAGUUUCCCUGGAAGCAAGUGCAAUUCAAAGAUCUGAGAGAUAUCCUGUUCGAAGAGCUGGAAAAUGUGGCCGAGCUAACGAAAAUGUUUCGUGGUUUCAAUCCAGAACACUAUAUCUUAAUUGGUUACUGCCCGAUUUUAACCGAAUCCGACGAUGAUCCGCCCGAGGGAGAUCCCUUCAUAUUCUUCAUUAGCGGCAAAGAGGCCAAACUAGCCAUGGGCAUUAUCCAGAAUAUGGAAGCCUUCGAACGUUGGCGCAUGCGUCGUCGUCUACGCAAAAAGCCAAGGCGUUGGGUAAGCCAGGGCACUGAAGAUGAAAUGGAAAUACUUGUUGAACGUUUUCGAGACGAGCCUGUCGACGUGGAGAUCCAGAGUGUCUAUCCCAUUCAGGAACCAAAGCAUGUGGCCUUCGACUAUCGAAUGGCACGUGAUGUGCGUGAUGGUGUUAUCGAGCUAUUACCGAAUGAGAACAUCAAAUUUGACAAUAUCAUCAAGAGGCGCAUUACAGUCGCUGUGCAAUCAGCUCCGGCUCGUGUUGAUCGGGAACAGCAAACAAAUCCAACGUUUCCCUCAAACGCCUGGUCACAGUAUCUAUAUGAAAUCGAUGAUGCAGAUCUGGAGCUCGAUGAGUCAGAGGUCGAGGAGGAAGAUGGCAAAGCAAAGCCAACCAGUCGUAAUCCUACUCCACUGCCGGAAGAGGUUGUCGACAAGCCGCCACCGGAAAUGUCAGACCAAAUAAAUUUGCUACUCAACACACUGGAGUUUAAUCAGAUUGAUAGUUAUCGCAAUGAUUAUCAGUUAAUAUCCAGCAAACAGGUGGUUCAAUAUACCAAUCCUUACCUACAGGAAUUCAUUUGCUUUGCCAACAUCUCGAAGAGCAACAAACGCUUUGUAGCCGGCUAUGAUUGGUAUCCCAAUAUGUCGGGAUUGAUUGCCGUUUCGUAUGCCUUUAGUACUCUGGCAACUACCAAUUUGGCCUCCAGUCGAGUUGACUGGGUACAGCGUGCCGUAUUGGAGCCCAAUCCGGUGCUGCUUUGGAGCUUUGCCGAUAAUCUUAACUAUAAGCUGGAAUUUGAGGCACCGUUCGAGACAACCUCGUUGACAUUUUGUCCACACAAUGGCGAUCUUCUAUUGGGUGGCAGCACAAAUGGUGUGGUCGUUGUCUGGGAUCUUCAGGGUCGCUGCGAACAUCUCGACGAUGAGGAAUACUUGACAGCUGCUCAAGCCAAAUAUCGGACACUUAUUGGAGAGUUUCUUAAAUGGACCAUAGAGCUAAAAGAGAAUGUUGUAAUACCACCGGCAACUCUGUCAACAAUGGAAACCUCACCGAAUGGUGCCAUUACAGGAUUUUACUGGCUGGGCAAGCAUUUCUAUAUUAACAAUCAUGGCAAGGUCUACAACGAUGCCGAUCAACGCAAUCAUUACAAGUUCUUUAUCACUUGUGCCUUUGAUGGCACUGUCAGCUUCUGGGAUCUGGACGGCAGUGGCUCUAAAAAGCAGAGGGAUAAAAUGCGUGCUCGCAUGUUACCCAAAGAGUUGACCCAAAGUGAAUCGAAUUUCAAGAACAAGACAAUCACGCCUACCUAUAAUCUGAGUUUUAAUGAGCCGCUAACAAGCAUAAUUGCCGACACAUCGGUUUUCUCCAUUCAGACACCAGCCCCCAAGGUAAUCAAUGCGUUUCCCGCAAACUAUCCCAUCAGUCUGCAGCCAAAGGAUCCGCCCAGUCUGCGCCAGAGCAUGAUAUUGUCCACAUUCUAUGGGCAUAUUCAUCGUGUCGACUGGAUUGGCAUCUACACAGAUGGCGAUGCCAAGGAACAGGUGAACAGUGCAGUGCAAUUUGCCCAGGUGCACGAUGGACCCGUGCUAUCGAUGCGUAAAAAUCCAUUCUACCCGGAAUUAUUUGCCUCCAUUGGACGCAAUGUGUUUGCCGUGUGGAAAGAGGACUUCAGCUAUUCACCCAUAUUCUGGCGCAAAAGACCUUGUGAUCUCACUGCGGUGGCAUGGAGUGAAACGCGUCCUGCGGUUCUAUAUCUGACGCGUAGUGAUGGCAUUCUAGAGGCAUGGGACAUCUUGGCUCGCGAUGAUGAUGCCUGUUUGAAUGAGAUUCUUGGCGGUGGAGUUAUAACGGCUAUAACCGAGCAUCGGCCUUCAUUGCCUUAUAAAAUUCUUGGCAUUGGGGAUUACAAUAGCAGCAUACGGAUGGUGAAAUUGCCACAUACCUUCGAUGUGCCAUUGGACAAUGAACUGCAAAAGCUAAUGGACUAUGUGCUAAAAGAAGAACGUCGUAAAAUUGGAAUACAGGCAUGGGAGCAAAAAUACUAUGAGCUUAACAAGGAUAUUAUUGAGGUUAAGCGCGAGGCCGAACAGGAGGCUCAAAAGGAAAUGGAACGCAUUGAACGUGAAGAGCAGCUAAAUGCCCGCAAACGGCAGGCAGAUGAGGAAGAGGAGAAAUCGGCCAACAAUAAACCACUCACCAGUCUGCCUUAUAACGAGCGCAUGGCUCGCGUGUGGGAUGAUCUAAAUCUAAAUCGCAUGAUGACCAUUCUAAUGUCACGCAAACGCAUGGAUCCCGAGAAACUGGCACGUGAAACGGCUCUGGAAAAGGAACGGCUCAGUUAUGAGGCGGCCAAAAAGGAGUCGCAUUUAAAACUCCUUCAGACCAUUGACAACGAAGUGGCCAGUAUACGAGCACGUAUUCUGCCCGCUGAAGUGCCGGAUAUGCAACGCAGCGAAAUGAUUGAGGAGAGGGUUAAAUGUGAACUACUUCUAGCCGAUUCCUAUGAGGAUGUGGCCAAGGAGUCAUUCGAAAUGUUGAGUAUGUUUAACGAAUUCAAGACUAUCGAUUACAUUGAGUUUCUGGAGCGUGGACGACAACGUCGACAAUUGUUGGAUCAAUCGCUGGGCGGUAAUACAGAUCGCAUACUCUGGUAUCAGGAAAAGGUCAAGAAUAUGCAAUUGGAUGAAUGUAAUUUCGGUUAUGAUUUUCUCUAUUCGGGUCUAAGUGAGCAAACCGAGAACGAUGGGCAAUCAUCUUCAACAAAUCGAAAAACAGAUACUUUAAUGUACGAAUCGGUAGAUGGAGAAGAGGAGGAGGCUGAUUAAUUUAAAUACUGUGUAAAACAUUAAAUGCCAAUUGAGUAAAUA